UCCAUGCGCAGAGCAGAGCGAAACGAGUCCGGCAGCGGGCGGGUAUAUAAAGGGGGCGCCGGGGAGGGAUUGCCUUUUCAGUUGAGGACAGAGCUGGUGUGCGGAACAUGUCAGGCGGCUCCGCGGAUUAUAGCAGAGACCAUGGCGGCCCAGAGGGAAUGGACCCCGAUGGUGUCAUUGAGAGCAAUUGGAAUGAGAUUGUUGACAAUUUUGAUGAUAUGAAUUUAAAAGAAUCCCUUCUAAGGGGCAUUUAUGCUUAUGGUUUUGAGAAGCCUUCAGCUAUUCAGCAGAGAGCUAUUAUUCCAUGCAUCAAAGGGUAUGAUGUGAUUGCUCAAGCUCAGUCAGGUACUGGCAAGACAGCCACAUUUGCUAUUUCCAUCCUGCAGCAGUUGGAGAUUGAUCUCAAGGAGACCCAAGCACUAGUAUUGGCCCCUACCAGAGAACUGGCUCAACAGAUUCAAAAGGUAAUUCUGGCCCUUGGAGACUACAUGGGAGCAACGUGCCAUGCUUGUAUUGGUGGUACAAAUGUUCGCAAUGAAAUGCAAAAACUUCAGGCUGAGGCUCCACACAUUGUGGUUGGAACUCCAGGGCGUGUGUUUGAUAUGUUAAACAGACGCUACCUUUCACCUAAAUGGAUCAAAAUGUUUGUUCUGGACGAAGCUGAUGAAAUGUUGAGCCGUGGAUUUAAGGAUCAAAUUUAUGAGAUCUUCCAAAAAUUAAGCACAAACAUCCAGGUUGUGUUGCUAUCGGCAACAAUGCCAAUGGAUGUGUUGGAAGUGACCAAAAAGUUCAUGAGAGAUCCCAUACGUAUUUUGGUGAAGAAGGAAGAGCUGACUCUGGAGGGUAUCAAGCAGUUCUACAUUAAUGUGGAAAGAGAGGAGUGGAAGCUGGAUACUCUCUGUGAUUUGUAUGAGACACUGACCAUUACACAGGCUGUUAUUUUCCUGAAUACGAGGAGAAAAGUAGACUGGCUUACAGAGAAAAUGCAUGCCAGGGACUUCACAGUCUCAGCUCUGCAUGGUGACAUGGACCAGAAGGAACGGGAUGUUAUCAUGAGGGAGUUUAGGUCAGGAUCAAGCCGUGUCCUGAUCACCACUGACUUGCUGGCGCGUGGCAUUGAUGUGCAGCAGGUGUCACUGGUUAUAAAUUAUGACCUGCCGACCAAUCGUGAAAACUACAUUCACAGGAGUCGAUAGCAGCAGUUGAUGACACAAGAUGGUGCUCAGAAACGGCGUUGACGUAAUUUAGGACGUGGAUUCGUAAGCGGCACAGUUUGAAUAAAGAGCGAGUCGGUAUUUAUAUAUUUCUUUUGUCAUGAUUAUUCACUAAAUUUUGUGAGCCAUUUUUGUGUAUUAGCUUGUGCUGACUAGGUGCUUUAUUGUGCAGUCUGCAGGAAGGUAGAACUGAUGGUGGGUGUGACUAAACUGUACUGUGAUGUCUUAGUGACUGACUUGGGCUUACACAAAAAUGUCGAGCUUGGAUUUUUCUGAUUAAAAACCAAACCCUAAGUUUUCCCACUGGAAACAGUUACAUUGAAUUACAGUUCUCAAGCUGAGCAUGCUGUUCCGUGUUACUGGAUAUAAUUGGAUUAAUUUGGGAACAGUCUGAUUUUUGAACAGUUGCUUAUCUUUGGUGUGCCAUGUGCUUGAGAUCAGAUGCAUGGGUAUGGGGUAGUUGGACAGAGGGGAGGGAGACUGAGCUAGGCCUUCAUACCACAGCACCAACUGUUAAAUAAAGAUCUUAUUUUGCAGCCAAGAGAGUAAUGUUUUCUGCUCUCCUACUCUCCCUAGGAUGGACACUUCUUCUGCAUUGUUGGCACUAACUGCUAGUUUCUCCUGACCAGACCUGACUUUAGUAGCUGCUAGUCCUGUAAAUACAGCAUAAACUGGCCAGUGGCAGAUAAGAGCAGCACUUAAUGAAUGGAUCUUGCAAAGGCUUGAAGCAGCUUAGUUAACUUCUGUGUAAAUGUGUUUUAUUUUUGUGCAGAAUUGGCCGGGGCGGUCGUUUUGGCAGAAAAGGUGUGGCUAUAAACUUCGUCACUGAAGAGGACAAGAGGAUCCUGCGAGACAUUGAGACUUUCUACAAUACUACAGUGGAGGAGAUGCCGAUGAAUGUGGCUGAUCUCAUUUAAUCCCUGGGAUGAGGUGGUUGUGAAUGCAGUGCUCGCUGUUGCUGAAUAGGCGAUUCACAACGUGCAUUGUGCUUCUUUCUUUGGGGAUAUAUUGAAUCUUGUCUCAAUGCUCAUAACGGAUCAGAAAUACAGAUUUUUGAUAAGCGCAGCGACUUUUUGUCGUGAGCUCUUGUGGGGAAAGCCACUGGCUUUAUCCACUUUAGGGUUAGACUGUUGGGGUUGGGUGGAAAGUCAUGGGGUCUGUAAAUUUUUUCUUUAUUAGAAAUUUAUUUCCUAGUUCCAUAGAAGUGGUUGUAUUAGAUGUUCUUUAUCAUUUAAUAAUUUACUUAUGGACUAAAAGAUAUAAGUGCUGUAUAAAGUCAGCCAAUUAUGUUAAACUAGCCUACCUUCCUUUAUUGUAUGUACUUACACUUCAGAUCAAAUUGGAAAGGCCUUUCAAAAUCUCUAAACUUUUAUAAGAGCAUUAAAAUGCAUUUUUGUUUCAUAUGUAUUUAUUCAAUAAAGUAUUUAAUUAGUGGUAAGUGUGAUCUGGACCCUGUUGCUAAGCCCCAGCAAGCAAUCAUACUAUUGUCUUAGUUAGGGUUAAACCCAGUAAAAUUUGCCAUAUUGCACAUGUCUUAAUGAAGUUUGAAUGUUCAAUAAAAUACUUCUAUAUUCACUUAAA